AUGUACGGUGCAUCUCCCAUGGAGUCACUGGAGCUGGAUCUCCUCAACCGGCAAAAAUCGGUGGUGGAGGGCCUUUUCCCCGAACCGCAACGCUUCACCCCGCCGGCCCUGCAUCUCAUGGAUGACUGCUUGAGGACGGGGUUGUUCCCGAGAUGCUGGAAGGAGGGAAGGCUCAUCCUGGUGCCCAAGCCGGGCCGACCUGCGGACUCCCCCUCGGGGUUCAGGCCCCUCGUCCUGCUGGACGAGAACGCGACUUCAGGCUUUGUCUCGAUCAAACUUGGUGUGAGGCAAAGACACACUAUCUCCCCCAAUUUCUUUACAAGUGUACUAGAAGAGAUGAUGAAGACGCACAAUUGGGAUGAAAAAGGUGUUUACGUCAAUGGCCGCCGCAUGUCGCAUUUGCGUUUCGCAGAUGACCUGAUCCUUAUGGCUGGAAACUUCGCUGAUCUCCAGACUAUGCUCCAAGACCUGCACGAGGCUCCACUAACUUUCGGUGUUGAAAUGACAAGACCAAGAUGCUGGGUUUUGGGUCCGGAAGGUUGGAUAUGA